AACGUAAACGUUCUUUGUAAUUCAAGGAAACCGUUACACGCACAAUUGUGUUCCAUUCAAGAAAAAUAUUUAGGUGUUUCAUAUGGAGAUAGGUGUAUUUUAGCACGAAUAGAUAAACUUGCUUAAUUAUUUUAUGAAUUAAACAAUCUGCGGCUAUCCGAAAAUAAUAAUAUAAUGCGUAUCUUACGUUCGCAGUAUUUGAAGUACAAGGCACAGCAGGGUCAGGAAGCCAGUACAAGUUCUAAAACAACAACAACGCUGGCUUCGUUAAACGAUGAAACUGAGGUGCAGCAUACAACCUCCAAAAAGGCAAAUGGAGAUUUGAAAUCAAUACAAACCGUUACGCAGACAACGCGUACCACAAUACGGCGGAGUUCGAUAGCACCACUCAAGGAUAAUUCUUCGCGCGCACCCUAUAGGCGCAAUUCAAGUUAUCCAUUAAAUGAAACUACGCAGAUAGCCGAUAAUUUGCAAACGUGUUUGCCAUCUGGUCAAGACGAGAUUAAUAGCAAAUGCCUUGAUGCGCCUACAACGCCAGCAGCAAUACAGCAGGGACGGCAGACAGUCGCUUGCACUAACACCGAUGAGCUUUUAAAACAUCAGAUAUUAAACGCAUUAAAAAUUAAAUUGCUAAACACGCCAUGUGGGCGAUACACGCGCAUCAAUUUGGUCGUAAGAUUCUAUGAUGAAGGUGCGAAUUGGUAUACACGAUUCUAUCGUAGUUAUCAGAAUACUCUAUGGUUGAAGAUACCCCGUACGGACGGUGGUAAUAAAAAACAAAAAUGGUAUUUUAAAUGUGAGGUCUGUCAGAAGAAAUUAUGCUCGUUCGGAACUCUUAAGUCGCAUCUUAAUUUACAUAUGAAAUUCUUCCCACAUCGCUGUGAGGUGUGUCCAAAACAGUAUGCCGCUAAGAAUAUAUUAACGCGUCAUAAGAAAACAAAGCAUGUGAAUGAGGUUUAG